CGGUCCGCUCAUAAUAAUCCCAACUAUUGAUUAUUACAGAAUAAUCCCAACUUUAGGGACCUUCCGCCAAUAAUGGUCCCUAUGAAUAAAUUCUUGUAGUUUCUAAAGUGGAUGGGGUGAGAUAUAACAAGUAAUCCCUCUAAAUAAUCUUAACUUUUAGUUUUUACACUUAAUUUCUAUUUAAAAUUCACUUUUUAUAGAGGUAAUAUAUGGUCAUGGACCAUUAUUGGCGGAUAGUCUAUAUAGUUGGGAUUAUACAAAAAUAAUCAAUAGUUGGGAUUAUUUUCAGCGGACCAGCAAUAGUUGGGAUUAUUGUUUUCAAUUUUUCCUUUAAAAAAUCACUUUUUUAAAGUUGAAGCAAUUGCAAACACUCCCUUAAGACGGAAAGAGAAAGCGCACGAUACUAGAGCACGUACGUAGUGAUAUCCUUGCGAGCAUUAAUCACUAAGAAAUUAGUUUGACAACUACCUAUGAGGAGUUAUGGUUAUAUGUCACCCAAACAAAUAUCGUCCGAACUGUCAUCAUUUUCUAAUGGAAAGAAGUAAUGCCAAUUCCAGAGUUUCUUCUCAACAAUUUUGUUUGAGAGAUGAUAGCAGUGGGUUUUGGUUUGGUUGGUACAGAAGUUACCGUGGUGGGAGAUGGGGGUAUCUUUUCCCCACUACAGAGAGCUAUUUUGGCCGCUUUCGAUUUAUCACAUCUCCCCAUUAAAAAAGUUCCCUUGUCCAGUUUUGCCUCCCUGUCACCUCAACUUCAAAGUGCCGAUCUCAGUAUCUCCCCUCCCUCCUUCUCUCCACCUUCCAUUAUCCGCUCCUAGUCUCUCUCAUCAUCAUCACAAACUAGAUUAGCAAUCUUUUCUUUUGUUUCUUUUUGCCAAUUCCCUGUACACCAAUAUAAGAAUCUUCCACCUCAGUACCAAUCCUCUGUGAAAUCACACUCUUCUUGCUUCUCCAUUUUGGGUCAAUCUGCAAAACAAGUUCCCCGCAUUGAAGAAAAAGCAACAAGCUUAUAUAGGUCUCCUGCUGCACUGCCAAACAAAAAAGCUGUCUUGGUAUAAUUUUGCUGAAGCCAUGUAUGUGAGCUGCUUCAAAUGGAGAUCAGAUUAUGUGCUACUUGCUUCGCUGGGUUUUUACGUGGACAUUGUGAGUAUACUUGUAGUUAUAGAGAAGAAAGUAGAAAAAAGAAAAAGCAUGAUUGAGAACCGGGAGAUGGAAAAAGUAAAAGAUGAAGGAUACUUCUUGUAAAGAAGUAAUGACAUUUAUGCUUUUUUAUUUUAUACUCUUAUAGUGUUAGUUGCCAAAAUCAAAAGUGAGACAAAAAUAGUGAACUUUAGCAAAAAAUGUACUGAAUGGAGUAGAUCCGGCCAAGUCUGGACUGCUCUGAUAUGGCGUGGAUCGGUCCACUCCGGUACUGUAAACAUAUUAUGAAUUAUGAUAACAAAUUCUUGGUAGUAUUUUAUGUUUAUUUAUCAUAAAAGGAUGCUUUACUGUUAUGUGUAAUGAUUGAUACCCUUUUUGUUUCAGCUAUUGCAUCUAGUUAGUAUGGGCACCCUCAUCAUCAUGGCAAUAAUGAAGACUUAAUUAAAGAGUCUGUCUUUCCCUAGUGAGGAUUAUUUAUGUGUUGCUCACCCAGUUAUUCCACCAUGGACAGAAACCAAAAGCGCCUCUUCCUCCGAAUUCUUUCAAGUCUUUUACUCCUGUCCUUGUUUUUCAACCCAUCCACACCUCUGAGUGUGGAAACUGAGGCCCUUUUGGAAUUCAAAAAGCAUCUCAUUGACCCCUUGAGUAUCCUUGUUUCAUGGAAUGAUUGGGAAAGCCCCUGCCAUUUUCAUGGUAUUACAUGUGAUCCAAAAACUGGUUUAGUUACUGAAAUCUCACUUGAUAACCAGAGUCUCUCCGGAGUGAUAUCACCGUCGAUUUCUUCCCUCCAAAACCUCACAUCUCUUGUGCUUGCAUCAAAUGCCUUAUCUGGGAUUCUCCCAGCUGAACUUAUCAACUGUACAAAUCUCAGAGUCUUGAAUGUUACUGGAAAUAAUAUGAAUGGGACCAUCCCUGAUUUGUCAAAGCUGACUAAUUUGGAGGUUCUUGAUCUGUCCAUCAACUAUUUUUCUGGAGACUUUCCAGCUUGGGUUGCAAAUCUUACUGGUUUGGUCUCGUUAGGCCUCGGCGAUAACAAUUUUGAUGAAGGGGAAAUUCCAAAGAGCAUUGGGAAUUUGAAGAAGUUGAAUUGGCUUUACCUGGCCGGAUCAAAUCUGAGAGGAGAAAUCCCAGAGACCAUUUUCGGCUUGGAGGAAUUGCAGACACUGGAUAUCUGCAGGAAUCACAUCUCUGGGAAUUUCCCAAAUAUGAUAGGCAAUUUGCAAAAUCUCUACAAAAUCGAGCUCUACGCCAAUAAUCUGACGGGUGAGCUUCCAUCUGAGCUUGCCGCACUCAACCUAUUGCAGGAGUUUGAUGUUUCAGAUAACCAGAUGUACGGUGCACUGCCUUCGGCUCUUGGAAACCUUAAAAACUUGACAGUUUUUCAGGUGGCCAGAAACAACUUCUCAGGAGAAAUCCCUCGAGGCUUUGGAGAUAUGCAGCGUCUUAUUAGUUUUUCCUUAUUCGAGAACAGUUUCUCAGGAAAUUUUCCGGAAAAUCUUGGCAGGUUUUCACCACUGGUUAGCUUAGACAUUUCUGAAAACCAAUUUUCUGGAGGACUCCCCAAGUACUUGUGUCAUAAUGGGAAAUUGCGUUAUUUGCUUGCAGUGGAAAAUCAUUUCACCGGGGAGUUUCCAGACGCUUAUGCCGCCUGUAUGCCUUUAGAGAGGUUGAGGGUCAGACAGAAUCAGCUAUCUGGAAAAAUCCCCGAAGGGGUGUGGGCCCUUCCAAAUGUAAAAAUGAUUGAUUUCAGUAAUAAUGGUUUCAGUGGAUUUAUUUCUCCUUGGAUUGGAUCUGCAAAAAAUCUGAAGCAGUUAAUUCUCUCAAACAACAAGUUCUCGGGUUGGCUCCCAAACGACCUAGGAAAUCUCAUGCUCUUGGAGAGGCUUUACUUGGACAACAAUGGCUUCUCUGGCCAUUUACCAGCCCAACUUGGUAUGUUAAAACAGAUCACAUCCUUGCAUUUAGAGAAGAACUCAUUCACAGGACCAAUACCUGUGGAGUUAGGUCACUGUCCUAGGCUGACAGAUAUGAAUCUUGCUUCUAAUCAUCUAAGUGGCGCCAUUCCAGACUCUCUAACUACGAUGCCCUCUUUGCUGAACUCCUUGAAUCUAUCCAACAACAAGCUGACGGGCCCAAUUCCCAGAAGCUUGGAUGAUCUGAAGCUUUCUUCGAUAGAUUUGUCCGACAACCAGCUAUACGGGAAAGUUUCUUAUGAACUUUUGAUGAUGGGAGGAGACAAGGCAUUCUUUGGCAACAAGGGACUUUGUCUUGAUCAAAGUAUAAAAUAUGACACAAACAAGGAACUAAUAAGUGUUUGUGGUGGGUAUGCUACUCGCCGCAACAAUUUCAUUAACAGCAAGUUUAGUGUUCUCUGCAUUGCAUUCUUAUGUGCAACUGCCCUUUUGGUCGGCUUAUUGGUCUUGAGCUAUUGGAAGAGCAAGCACACAAAGAAAAAUGCUGAAAAUGAAGAACACUCAGAGGAUGCCAAGGGAUUGGACCCAAAAUGGAGGCUUGAGAGCUUCUUCAAUCACAUAGAGUUUGAUGCUGAUGAAAUAUGUGAUCUAGAUGAGGAGAAUCUGAUCGGAAGCGGAGGCACGGGGAAAGUCUAUCGUCUUGAUUUGAAGAAAGGUUGUGGCACUGUGGCAGUGAAGCAACUGUGGAAGGGGGAUGCAGUGAAAGUUCUGGCUAGAGAAAUGGAAAUAUUGCGGACGAUCAGGCAUAGGAAUAUAGUGAAACUCUAUGCCUGCUUGACAAACGGAGGUUCAAAUUACUUGGUCUUUGAAUACAUGGCAAACGGAAAUCUUUUCCAAGCACUUCACCGCAGAAUCAAAUUUGGAAAGACAGAAUUGGAUUGGGAUCAGAGAUAUAAAAUUGCACUAGGGGCUGCUAAAGGAAUAUCUUAUCUACACCAUGACUGCUCUCCUCCUGUCAUUCACAGAGAUAUCAAGUCUACCAACAUUCUUCUUGAUGAGGCUUAUGAAGCCAAAGUUUCAGAUUUCGGAGUUGCGAGAACUUCAGAACUUUCCCAAAGAGGAUCUGACCUCAGCAGUUUUGCUGGGACUCAUGGUUACAUGGCUCCAGAGAUGGCUUACACACUAAGGGUGACAGAGAAAAGUGAUGUGUAUAGUUUUGGUGUGGUGCUUCUAGAACUGGUAACAGGAAGAAGCCCAAUAGACGAUGCUUAUGGAGAAG